AUGGAGAUCACAGUGAUAUCAGCCCGAUGCCUCAAAACCACCUCCCCUAUCUUCUCAAACAAGAUCAGACCCUUCAUUACCCUCACCACCACCAACGGUGAUCACAAGUGCCACGUGUACAGCACAGGGGUGGAUGAUGAAGGAGGUAUCAACCCUACAUGGGGUGACAAAUUUCAUGUCCCUGUGGACACAAGUUUCUUCACAAACAGGUACUCUUGCAUAUAUCUGCAGCUUUACAGCAAGCGUCUCAUAAUGGGCCGGACCCAGUUGGGCUGGUGCCAAAUCUCGCCCCAAGAUAUUGGGUUUCCGCCGGCCGGUUCAGCACGGUACUUGAGUUACCGGCUACGGGCUAGAGACGGUUCCAGGACCAAUGGGAUUGUGAACCUUUCUGUGAAGUUGGAAAAUUUGGGUCCGGUCAGCGGUCAUGGGCAGCCAAACUCCGUCAAUGCGCCGUCAUUUGGCAUGUGUGGCACAGUCAUUGGAACGCCGGUGACAGCUCUAAUGCCACCUUUGGGUGAGGUCUCUGUGAGUUGUGAAGGGCAGUUAGAUCACGUGGGUUUUGGUUGUAAAGAGGCACAUAGAUGGACCACGUGUGAUUCUGAAGGGCACCCUUCCAGAAAUUGA